AUGGUGGUAGGUCCUCCCGUGUAUGGUCCAUCAGAGCUACAGUGGCGACCCUUCCCCACCCAGGAGGCACUGCGCCUGAUGGUGCGACCACCCUACUCCUACUCUGCUCUGAUCGCCAUGGCCAUCGACAACAGCCCCACCAAGAAGCGCACCCUCAGCCAGAUCUACACCUAUGUGGCUGACAAGUUCCCCUUCUACAAGACGAGUCCAGUUGGCUGGCGGAACUCCAUCAGACACAACCUGUCCCUCAACGAUUGCUUCAAGAAGGUGGCUAGGGAUGACCACGACCCAGGGAAGGGCAGUUACUGGACGGUGGAUCCAAACUGUGACAGGAUGUUCGAUAAUGGAUCCUUCAGGCGGAAGAGGAAAAAGAAGAGUAAAGGAAGCACUGGUCACAGGACGGAACUCUCUGAAAAGUUGGACAGCAAGAAUAGUUCAAAAUCCUGGAGGUCAGGCAGUCUUGAGGACAAUCAAGAAAACAAGGUCAAAUCUUCUCCUAAGUCCUCCUCAUCCUUGGACACCAGCCCAUGUCUCUUCACAUCUUCCAUAAUGGGGAGUCGGCCCUUUGGGGAAUUCUUACCCCCCAAAUGCUAUUUUCCUGGACUGGCCCCUCACCCAAUUGGUAAUGACUCGGUACAACUUGGAGAAGCCAACUUCCUACCUCACUACAUGCUGUAUAACCAGAAAGCUGAAGUGUGA